AUGAAUAUAAGAAAAGGUAUUUUUAAUUUUUUAACCUUACAGAAUACCAUCGUUCAUAGGAAUUAUUUUAGGAACUUCACACAAAGUAGUAAACAGCACAUGUUAAGAGAACAUAAUAAAAUGAAAAACGCCAGAGCAAAUUAUUUCAUAUGCAUUCCAUUGUCAAGUCACAAAACUGUAGUGGAGGAAUUAGUCCAAGUACAAAAUCAUGUUAUUGGCAAGUAUGACAUGUUAAAAGAAUGUGCAAUUGAAAAAAACAAAUUUCACAUUUCUCUCCUUAUUUUACAUAUAAAAAAAUCUCAAUUGGAAACCUCCAAGGAGGCUUUUCAUGAUGCCAUGCACGAAAUUAAGAAGAUUACUCAUCAACCCAUUUCUUUUGAUAAAUUGGAAACAUUUCGGAACGAUGUUUUAUAUCUGGGUUUAAAAGAAAGUAGCCAAAAUUAUAUAAUGAACAUUAUUACCCUCUUGAGAAAUUCCUUUAUCAGGAGGGGCAUACAAAUCGUUACAAACAGUAGGAGUGCAAAGGAUGAUGCAAAGAAGAAAAUACUUCCAAACAGUUUAACUGAAAAAGCCAAUGUCACAUCGAGCAUAAUCAAUACAAGCAAAGAUAAGGAGGAGCAUAUUACACCCCAUUUGACCAUAAUGAAAAAUUCGUAUGUUAGAAAAAUAUAUGCUAACAGAAAACCACUGAUUUUCCCUGAUUACUAUGCAGACGUAAAUUUGUCAAAAUUGCAGAACGAGAAUGUUAUACUCAACAAAAUACAGUUUCUUGAAAUGGACACAGAUUUGUCAACAUUAUAUUAUAGAGUCAUAGCCGAAUGUGAUCUCCCCUGA